GUCAAAAUGACUACAAUUGCUCUUGGGUUGUCAUUGUUGACCACAAUAAAAUUUUAAAGGUUAAAUGUGAGCCUCCAAACGCAAUAUAAAUCAUUUUGAGUUUAUUUAAAAUCUUUAAGUUAUUUUUUUUUCAUACAUUUAUUAUCAAUUUUCCGAUAAGAAUUUGAUAAGAUAAUCUAAUGCCGUAUAUUUUAGUAAGAGGCAACUUGGCCUCUUAUGGUAACCGGUAUCCUUGGCGGGUUUUAGUUUCCGGAUUAAAAGCAACCGAUAUCGAACAAUUAAAACGUUUCGCAUCUGGUGGUUAUUGUGACGAUUCUACGAUAGUUUAUAUGCAACAUCCUUGUGUUAUUUUAACAGCUUUGGAAGUGUUGGGUUAUAAAGUGGUCGCAUCUAGUUCAACCAGCGUGAAACAAGACUACAACGAGUAUAUGUGGACGAUGCGUAAGGAAUUUAACGAACCUGAACCAAAUAUAGAUCACGAUAAAGUUAAUAACGCGAACAAAUAGAUUAAUUCAUUCCAGAUUAA